UGCGGCCUGCAAAAAUGCCAGUAGGUUUCUUGAGAUAUAUUACGGAACGCACGCAAAUGGGCGGAGCCUGAACCACACCAUUCAAGACAACCAAUCAGAAGCCAAAGUCAAGUAUCUGCAAGGAAGACGUCAGUUGCGUAGCACGUUAUCUAUUCUUUGUUUUUAAUUGUACUUGCUGCAGUCCUUCAGUCGCAUUUUGAGAGCAGCCAGCUGUCCCAGCUCUCAUUUAGUAGUGUAUCAAAAUACAGCUGGAGGCACGGAAGUGUUUGCGAUCACUUCGUCGGCGAUAGCCCGCUUAACCGAUUAGAGUAAUAUCACAAUCAGUCGGUCUUUCGUUCCGUCACGCGACGGUCGCGUAAGGUUAACCAGUCGUUGUUUGACAAUCAGGGACUCGAGUAACCGAGUCUUACGCUCGUAAGAUUUACUUCUGCUUGAUAUAAAUACAGUAAAUAACAGUUUUGAGUCGGUCUGCAACCAGAGUUGACAACGAGAGACUUCAUUUCGGUUAACCGGAUUGUGAAAAAUGAAUUUAUCAUUUGCUGGAUGUGGCUUCCUCGGCAUUUACCACGUCGGAGUUGCGGUUUGUUUUAAAAAAUAUGCACCUCAUCUACUCCUUGACAAAAUAAGCGGAGCAUCAGCCGGAGCUAUCGCAGCAUGCGCCCUUCUCUUAGAUCUACCACUCGGGGAGAUCACAAGUAAUGUUUUGCGGCUUGCUCGCGAAGCCAGGCAGCGAACUUUGGGGCCUUUCAGCCCUUCGUUCAAUGUGCAAGACAUUUUAUUGGAGGGUUUGACUAAGUUCCUACCCGAUGAUGCGCAUCUAAUAGUUAGUGGAAAGCUGCACAUUUCAUUGACCAGAGUCUAUGAUGGGAAAAAUGUAAUUGUUUCACAGUAUAACUCAAAAGAUGAUUUAUUACAGGCGCUGCUGGCCAGCUCUUUCAUACCACUUUUCUCUGGACUACUACCACCGAGAUUUCAUGGAAUCAGAUACAUGGACGGUGGUUUCAGUGACAAUCUGCCUACUCUUGACGAAAAUACAAUCACUGUUAGUCCAUUUUGCGGAGAAAGUGAUAUCUGCCCUAGGGAUGUAUCUUCGCAAUUAUUUCAUAUUAAUUUCGCAAACACAAGUAUAGAACUGUCUAAACAAAACAUAUACAGGUUCGCGAGAAUACUUUUUCCCCCAAAUCCUGAGAUACUAUCAAACAUGUGUAAACAAGGAUUCGAUGACGCACUGAGAUUUUUACAUCGAAACAACUUGAUAAACUGCACACGUUGCUUAGCUGUGCAGUCAACUUUUGUUGUCUCUGAAACCAUAGACGAAGGCAUGGAAUAUGAUCCAGAAUGCUCAGAGUGUAAAAUGCAUAGACAGGAAGCAUUAGUUGCCAAUCUUCCAGAAACUGUGAUGACAAUAUUCCAAGAUGCUAUAGAUUCUGCAAAUAAGGGACUCGUCAACUGGCUGUUCAAACAUAGGAGUGUCAAAUUGUUAUCUUUGCUAAGUUUGCCCUACAUACUACCAGCUGACGUGGUGUACGCUACAUUUACAAACCUGGUCGGUAACAAGGUCGAGACUCGUACCUUAGAGUACAGAGUAAUCGGGAACAUUCUGCGUACCCCCCAGCAGGCGAUUGUUUGUGCUAACCACCUUACAUGCCCUUCACGAUUUGUUCUAAACGCUCCAAAGUUGACAAAAAAUCUGGUGAAAAUGAUCAAGUACUUCAUGGAACAAAUCAGCAGUAUAUUCCCUGGUGUCAAUGUCUACUAUCAACCAAUGCCACAAACUAUCAAUUGUCAGCUUGCUAUCACCGAAUAUGGAUCCAGUAUAUAUGACAUCGAGGCUGCACAUCCUAAUGAAUUAUGCAAAAAAUCGAAAACAAAUCUCAAUUUGAGGCUUCACUACGAUGAACGGCAGCCUUGGAAGGAUUAUAAACGGCAAUCGAACUGUGUAGUCAACAUAGCAGAUUCAACGACGUUUGAUGACACUUUUGAAAAUAUUCUUCAAGUAACGUCAGAUCAAGAAGCUGUUAUGGUUUGGUAUUACAUGGAUGACAACAACAAAGUACAGGUUACAGAGAUCUAUGACGUCACUGAUACAGAAAGGCAAGCGAUUCUUAGCCCGGAUGAAGUUGAGGCAAAUACAAAAUUGCAAUUCGACGAGUGGGAUGAACCCACGUGGCUUUCCGAUCACACUCUAGCAGAAGUUGUGACGGAGUCGCUAUACACAGACGAAGAUCAACAUAGUUUGGAAGAUUUGUCUGACAUUUCAUUGGAAGAUGAUUUCUUGGAUAAAGAAGGCUCAAACAUUUUCUCAGACCCAGAGAGUGAGUGGGGAAUGGGCAGAAGUGCAGUUGUGCAAAUAGAGCAAACAUCCAGUCCGCCAGACAGCAGACCAGAGGUUGACCAGCCAUCGACCUCUAAUCUAUAAUUUUAAGUUAACAAUUAUUAAAUUAUAAUAGAAAACCAAAAAGCAAUGUUUCUCCAGUCAUACAUAACUUAUUUAUAUUGACGGCGUAUUAAUUUACCUCAAUAUUCUAGCUUUAUACCACUCUGUGGCAUUGAGUUAGAAUUGGAGAAUAGAUGCCGAGGUAAAUUGUAUAAAUCAAUAUUUUAAGUCUGAAACUGUUACAGUAAACUGUAACAUUGUAUACAUGUAGAACGGUGCAGAUGGUAAUUCGAAUUACCUUGCCAAUCUGAACAAUUGAAUCGUGUCACUUUUUAAAAGAGAAACAGAUUUAUUUUUUAUAAAUAUAUGUUAAGAAACAUAGAGGAAGAGAGUUUUUAAAUUAAUUAAAGAGGGUAAUAUGAGUGGAUUUCAAGAACUUUGAAACUGAAAUGACGAGAGACGUGUGUGAUAUAGUGUGACGCUUAAGGAGAUAGUAAAACAAUGAUGCGAUAUGCUUAUUCUUUGCUAAAGAACAAAUGAAGCUCAUAUUGUUCGACCAGUCGAAGUGACCUGAAGGACCUGUAAAUAUUUUUUUUUUUUUAUAAAUAACUCAUUCGGAUUAAUAGCACGAAAAAAUGAAAUCUACAAAGCUGUUGUUUGAAUGUAUUACUUUGUAGAUAUUCAUAUUCCUACAAGUAAUUCUCUAAUUAUACGUAUACAUAUACUAUAUUAUGGUUAUUAGACAUGUUUUAUGAAUUUUGUAAGUUCUUUUGUCUUUAUGCUAUAUUUUCUUUCCAUUUCAAUUGUUGAACUGCACUGGUGGUUAUUAUCCAUACUUAACAAUGCAGUCGGUGUGUCAAAUUUGUGAUUUGCUUGGACUCGAUAGAUUCUGGAUCCAGAAGCUACAGAAGUUAGCCAGUAGUCUUAAGUAUCUUAUCAAAGUAUUAUAAUAGCUUUACUCUAUAAAAUAAAUCAUACUUCGCUUUCGCGUACGUACCUUAAUACAGUUAAAAAAAAAAUUUCAAUAAUGUCUUAAACGUG